AUGCGCUUUCAUUUAAAGGAAUCGAUGCAGCCAAGAAGCCGAAAAAGGUGGCCUCCUGGGAUUUGCGGGCAAUCGUAUACGUGGUGUUCUUGCGGUCUCUCGACUUCGCAGGUCGAAAAGAGCGGAGAGUAUCAAAUGUGCAUGUGCAAACAGACUGAUCACCGACCAUUGUGUGAUGGGAAGCAUAAGAAUGUUUCGCCAAUUCCACGCGAUGCACCGACUCAAGGAUUGUUCAAUAUCGCAUUCAGUGAUAAUAGUCCCGUUUAUGAAGGAGUUGCCAAAAAGCUCGGCUAUCGGCCAAAGAAUGGCGGAUUUCAGUGG